AUGUCCAGCAUCAUGAACAUCUUUCUCCAGGGACAGCACUUCACCCACAGUGUGCUUGCUGAGGUGAUCGCCAAACAUGGCUUGGAGGAAGGCAUCAACACUGCCGCAAUCCGGCACAACAUCACCGGCAGCCUCAACCCACCCACCUCUGUGGAGCUCCUCAAACGUGUGAGGGCCGUGAAGCCUGAGCACAUCAACCAGUACCACCAAGACCUGCCCAACGCUCUGGCCCUUCGGCUGCUGGCGCCCAACCCUGGCCUGGAGCAUGAGUUCGAGCCCCAACACACGACCAAGAAGGACGGAUCGCGUGCGUACAAGUACAAAUGCCUUGCCCCUGGCUGCAACUACGUUGGCUCGAACAAUGUCCGCCACAUGGACGAAAUGCACGUCCGAAACAUCAACAAUUUCCUGUGCUGCCCUUACGAGGGGUGCAAUACCAAGAUUUAUAGGACCAGGGGACCUCAGUUCAAGAGUCACUGCGAGAGCCACGAGACAAAGAAUGACAAGCUGUUGCUGAAGGGAAGGGCAAUCGUUCCUCUGUCCUCUUUCCAGUGA